AUGUCAUCCAUAGCCUCCUCACCCACCAUCCCAGCAGAAUUCGUCUCGCACUCAAUCUUUCGCCCCUUCCCAACACCACAGUCAUGGCACGCUAAAUUCUACCUGGGCUUCCUCCAAGGCUUUGGAGCAGGCAUCAUUGAUGGCUGUGCCAACUUUGGCAUUGCCUAUGCCAUGUAUCACGGCCAGAGCGACGUUCGAAUGUGGGUGCUCGCAAAGAGCACUGUCGCUGGUGACCUGGGCGUGACGCCGAUUAUUCAAUGCCUGGCGUCAAUGCUCAUCACGUCCACCUUGGUUCACACCGACCUUCACAACAAGGCGAUCCCCCCUCUCCCCUUCGUCUACCCACAUGUGGAGCACCUCCCGGACCCUCGUCUGCUCUUUUUCAAGAUUUUCGGCCGCUGGAGGUCCAAGAAGAGCGACCCAGCCGCCACUCUGGACAUUGACAACGAGAAGUCGCAGGCCGCCCAGAUUCGUGGUUCAACCAGCGGCUUCAAGUACUACUACUGGAUGCUUGUCCGCUUCAUCUUUGAAGGCACAGAAAUGAACAUGCUUGCGGCACGCCCGGGCGUACGCAACUGGUUCCUUCGUGUACUGUGGACCGCGGCACAGGGUGCGCUGAUCGGUAUCGUCUUUGGCUUCCCCUGCUGGUGUCUGGCAAUGGUCAUCCUGGGCCCCAUCUACGGCACUGAAAACAUGGGAAACAAAUGGGCACCGCAGGCCAUCAAGGCAGUCUACGGCGCCAUUGUCGGAUGGAUUACCAACCCCGUCAUUGCUGCUCUGGCCCUCGGCUCCCAGGCUGAGCACCACCUUCUGCUUGUUGCAAAGGACGAGGAGGCUGGCGAGGCCCGGACCGCCGAUGCCGAGUCCACUGCGAACCCUAUCACCACGAUCCCAGAGGAAGGCGAGGCGCCUGGCUCCACCGGCCCUCCCUCCCCAUUCCUCCGCCCAUUCCGUGCCGCAACGGCAGGCUCAUUGCUCACUCCCACCGACUCGCCCAAGCGUUCCCGCUCCAACACUGUCAACUCGACGCGCUCUCGUUCUGGAUCCAUCUCGUACCAGCCUAGCGUCGGUCUUACUCCUCAGCGGUCUCGUUCCGGCUCGGUCUCGGUUCGCCCUCCCCUCACGGCCAAUGCGUCGUUCAUGGAGAAGAUUUCACCGCCACCGGCUCUUGGCCGCACUGGUCGCGAGCGUGGUCUCACUGUUUCGUCCUACAUGUCCAGCACAUCGUCCUCGUUCUCGUACGCCCUCGGUGGCACCGGUGGUCGUGCCAAGCGCCAGCGCUCCAACACUGCCGUCUCCACCAGCGGUAUCCCUACGGGAGCACUCAGCAGUGCCAGCACGGGCCGUCCCGUCUCCGCUCACCUGGCGACCCCGGCUCGUGGCGCCCAGUCCCCGCCAGCCGAGUCACCCAUGCCCCUCACACAGCCCACGUUCCGCCGCGAGCGCACCCAUUCGGAUGUCGCUGGCGGUGCUCAUCACCAGGGAAUCGUCGCCAGCGGCUGCGACGAUGAAAUCGUGCCGAUCGAGCACUCGGCGACCCAGCGUCCGGGCUUUGACGUCUUUGGUCAGACCCAGAGCACAGGCGUGCCCGUCCUCGCCAUCCAGCGCCCGAGCAUGGAAGCGACCCGCGACAGCAUUGACCAGCGCCGCCGUGUGGACAGCUUUGAGAGACCGAUGGACAAGCUCAAGGAGUAA